AUGGAACUGGGUAUGUUCAGUAGUAUAAUAUCCAGUGCAUGUAACAAUAAAAUGAGUUUACGCACUACUUAUCCACUUGACUACACACUCAGUAUCAACAAUAAAAAUUUUUUUCUCUACAUUUUUUUUUUCUUUCCCCCGCCUCCUUUUUCCAUUCUCACAAUAUAUAUUUUUUUUAAUUGUUUACUUCUACUUUUUUUUUUUUCUUUUGCUCUUUUCCAUCAAACACAGUUCAUCAUGUCGUCACCGAAUACAGGCAAGAGCUUGUUUAAUACGUUUACGAGGAAUUUGAAAAUGGUCUUGUCCAACGAAUCGUUACCGCAUGUAAGUGAUAACGAGAAUGAUUCCAAGAGUCCCAUGAGCACGUCUCCACCGCAGAAUAUACCUAUACCACAAAACCCAUCGUUAUUUCACAAUCCCCAUCAACAACCAUCGACACCGUCGGGCAAUAGUUAUUUGAAUGCUGUGCAUAGCGGUAUUAGCCGUGUUCGAUCAAACUCACUCAACCCAUCAGAAACCAGUGUGCGCCAGCAAAAUGUAUAUUUUGGAGUGACAUUAGAUAAUGCUUUAGUACAAGGUUUUGCCAAGAUAUCGAUAUUGGGUACCGACAACAACCCUGACGGGUUGAACUACGGCAAGAUUCCAAUAGUCGUUGCCAAAUGUGGUGUUUAUUUGAAGAAAAAUGGGUUGACCGUUGAAGGAAUAUUUAGAGUUGGCGGGUCGUCGAAACGGUUAAAAGAAUUGCAGAUAAUCUUCAACACGCCACCUGAUUUUGGCAAGAAACUAAAUUGGGAGGGGUAUACUGUUCAUGAUGCAGCCACGAUUUUGAGGAGGUAUUUGAAUGCAUUACCAGAACCCUUGAUACCACUAGAGAUGUAUGAAGUUUUCCGUGACCCGCUCAGAAAUAGGAGCAGGAUAAUCAAUUAUAUGAAGUAUAAGGCAGCAGUUGCUACAUCGAGUAUCAGCAGUCCCAACCCGCACACCGCCAGAGCAAAUGGCAACAACAACAACAACUCGUAUUUCCCCGAUAUGAGCCAGCCUCUAACUGAAGCCAAUAUCGGCAAGUUGAAUCACGAUAUUGCCCCACGAAAGAAUUCUGAAUCAUCGUCCAAUGUAUUUUCGCAGAGUGCGCCAAUGCCAUUAAGUGAAGAGGAAGUCAACACCAAGAGCAAGAAGAAGUCAAAGAGCUAUAAGAAGUUGACUAAUGAUAUCCACGAAGCCAUUGACGAGUAUAAACUUCUAGUGAACGAGUUACCCUUGGCAUCGAAGCAGUUGCUUUUCUACAUUUUGGACUUGCUUUCCAUGGUGCAAGCACAAUCGAAAGAGAAUUUAAUGAAUUCAAGAAACCUUGCGGCGAUUUUCCAGCCAUCGAUUUUAUCACACCCGAACCACGAUAUGGACCCGGUGGAGUAUGCAUUGUCACAGGCUGUGGUUGAGUUUCUUAUAAAGUACUCGUAUAAAUUGUUGCCCACCACAGUGUCUGCCAGUCCCGCUGUAAAGUCGCCGGUUGCUGCUCGCGACGAAAGCGAUGUGACAUCUACCAGUACUACACCACUAAAUGAAGAAUCACACUUGUCAAAAGAGAAUUACCCACAUCGCGAGUCGGUGACUUCUGAACCCCAAGAUAGUCUAGUGGCGGGAUUCCAGCAUAAUGUGACAGGAUCGAUUCCCUUUGAUUCAGAUAUAGAGAGUGAUAUUGGUUCUGACUUAGAUGAUUUGAAUUUCCAGCAACUAAAGUUGAAUGAUGGGUCCCCAGUUAAAUCAAGCCCGCCGCCAGCGCCACAAAUGCCUGCAGCUAUAGUAGUUUCUCCGCCGUCGUCGCUGUCCGUUCACCAACUGGAUAAGUAA